AUUGUCAAAACUGGUACGGAGGAAGAACGUGAACGUCCAAUAGCGUUCACCAAGUUUCGACAGGUCACCACUGGGAUACAGGAGGGCCGAGACUUGAAGGGAAGUGAGAGGUCACCGAGAGCAGAGCUUGAGGGAAGUGAGAGGUCACCGAGAGCAGAGCUUGCACGUUUGACGACUGAAGAGAGAUUGAUCAUCGAACGAGUUUGGCGAAAAGAAGAGGAAUUUGAAAAAGAAACGAAAAACGUCUGCACUGGAGGAUCCUCACUGAUGUUCAGACAGACCAGCUCCGCUGACCAAGAAACUUGCAGAAUUUGCCGCAAGGCUAUCGGAGGAGACGAACAAAGCCACAGGUGUGACGAAUGCAGACAAGCGGUGUGUGAAGACUGUGCGUCCUACUCAAAAGGUUCCAAAAGUGCUCACCAGCAGUGGAAAUGCAGUUUUUGUCGUCGCCGUAGCCAGGGUCAGGAUCGUUCAGGUUUAGAACCACCGCCAGGUGCUGGGAUGCACCGUGUUCCAUCAGUCCGACGAAUGACUCAGAAAAUGAGACAUUUGGGAAGAGAGGGGUCAGUUUUAGUUCCGGAGCAAUCGGUGGACCGGGAGGAGAAGAUUGGCUUAAAAGGUGGCCCUACGAAGAGCCUAGAGAAGAGGCGGAGUGGUAGUUUUGCAGACGAACCAGAAAGGAGCUUCAGUUUGGAUGACCCUGACCAGAGGCGAGAGAAGAACCACGCCCAUAAAACGAGAAUCUGCCGGGACUCUAGACCACCAGUCGAAAGACAGAAAUCGACUGAAUGUCCCAGAGAAUCCUUGAAAGUACGACGGGGCAACAGAAGUGGAACCAGAGGCUCGUUUCCAGAGAGAAAGAUCAUCAGCCACUCUGGAGAAGGACACCUGUCACUGGACAGAAAAACUUCAUUUGAUGAUCAGAGAGGUACAAAAGGUAAUCAGUCUUCACAUGGAUCGUACACCGACGCAGUCACUGGCCAUCAUCACCAGAAAGACCUCUUUCAACAGCAUACGUCUUUAGAUUCUGAGAGUUCGGUGGAUGAAUUCAUUCAUGAGGAAGUUGAAGAAAAACGAAGACGAAACAGGAUUAGAAAACGGUUACGUAUACAACGUCAGAAGUUUUACGUGGAAGAACCGGAUUCCGAUUCUACUAUAUCCAGAGCAGAACUCCAGACUCGUGGUGACGCGUCUCACAGAACACUUGGUGGAUCAGUGGAAACUUUGGACAAGUGGAGAUGGCAUGCGACUGCUCAAACCGCCGACAAAUCUUCACCAGCCGCUACCUUUGGACAACACAGCUCGGACAGUUCUGACCUUGGUGACGUCAGUGGAGAGAUUUCACCUCUUAGCGAUCGUAGUGGACGCGGUGAACGCUAUGACUCCUGUUAUUUUAGUGAACGACUAGGAAUAAAAUCACAUAUAAAACUCCAGAAAUCCAGGAUGCAUACCACAGUUUUCGAUAAGGACCGUUCAGGAACUCUGGAUAGUUCACCUUCUCCAGACGAACACGAGAUGGGUCACUCGCAGACUGAUAAAUCCGUUUCUCUAGAGGACCAAGAGGUCUUCACUUACCCUACUGUGGCCCUGAGAAGAAGCAUACCAAGUGUGUUUGUGGACACGGUCGCCGACGUCGUCCCAUCGACCCGCCUUUAUCCACCAAACGAGGAGCCACACAGACGUCACAGCACAGGCAGGGCUUUACCCCGUGUGCCCGUGCCCGAAAACCAGCUCGGAGUAGAGCCAGUGGAAAGACACAGCACCCACUCGCUGGACCUCCCACGUGACGAGACGUGUAAACCCGAGCGGCGAGCUUCAGCACCAGAAAGAGAAAAUAUUAAAAUCGUCGUUGAUCAAGUUGAUGAUAAAA